AUGGAGCAGCAGCAGCAUCAGCUAACGAAUUGCAGCACAUGGUCCACUGCUCCCAAGCUCCAUCAUCUUCUUCACCAAAACCCCCAACGCAUUGCUUUUUCCAAUGGAAGGCGCCAAAAGUCGAAUCAGAAGAAGAAGAGUCUGAAUUGGCGGAUGCGAGGGUUUGGCAAUGAGACUCCGGUGUUGGUGGUGAAGGCAAGUAAUGGAGGGGCAGGGACUGAUGUGGUGGAGACUGCGGUCGUCGACAGGCCAAAACUGCGUCGUUUUCAGGUGUCCCAGGGUCAUCCGAGCCCGUUCGGUGCCACAACGCGCGAUGGUGGGGUUAACUUCGCUGUUUAUUCCGUCAAUGCGGUUUCGGUUACUCUCUGUUUGAUUACUCUCUCCGAUUUAGAGGAGGAUAAAGUUACUGAGCAGUUAUCUCUUGAUCCUUUGACCAACAAGACUGGAAAUGUGUGGCAUGUGUUUCUGAAGGGAGAUUUCAAAGAUACACUUUACGGAUAUAAAUUCAAAGGGAAGUUUUCUCCUGAAGAGGGACUUUACUAUGACUCUUCUAAGAUUGUGUUGGAUCCUUAUGCAAAGGCAGUUAUACGCAGAGGGGAAUAUGGGAAGCUAAGUCCUGAUGGUAAUUGCUGGCCUCAAAUGGCCGGCACGGUACCUUCUUUUGAUGAUGAGUUUGACUGGGAAGGAGAUUUACCACUGAAGUAUCCACAAAAAGAUCUUAUCAUAUAUGAAAUCCAUGUGCGAGGGUUCACAAGGCAUGAGUCAAGCAUGGCUGAAUUGCCUGGUACAUACCUUGGUUUGGUGGAGAAGCUUGAUCACUUAAAGGAGCUUGGGAUCAACUGUAUAGAGUUAAUGCCAUGUCAUGAGUUCAAUGAGCUGGAGUACUUCGGCUACAAUUCUGUCUUGGGUGACUACAAGGUAAAUUUUUGGGGAUACUCAACUGUCAAUUACUUUUCACCAAUGAUAAGAUAUUCAUCUGCUGGCAUACGUAAUUGUGGCCGUGAUGCAAUAAAUGAAGUCAAGUUUCUUAUUAAAGAAGCACAUAAACGUGGAAUUGAGGUGAUCAUGGAUGUUGUCUUCAAUCACACAGCUGAAGGGAAUGAAAAUGGUCCAAUUUUGUCUUUUAGAGGCGCUGAUAAUAGUAUCUAUUAUAUGCUUGCACCUAAGGGAGAGUUCUAUAACUAUUCAGGAUGCGGUAACACAUUCAAUUGCAACCAUCCUGUUGUGCGACAGUUUAUAGUAGACUGCUUGAGAUAUUGGGUAACAGAGAUGCAUGUGGAUGGGUUCCGCUUUGAUCUUGCUUCUAUUAUGACGAGGGGUAGCAGUCUCUGGGAUGCAACUAAUGUAUACGGGGUUCCAAUAGAAGGUGACUUGUUGACAACUGGAACCCCUCUUGCUAACCCACCAUUGGUUGACAUGAUAAGUAAUGACCCAAUACUUCGUGGAGUGAAGCUUAUAGCUGAAGCAUGGGAUACAGGAGGCCUAUACCAAGUUGGCAUGUUUCCUCACUGGGGUAUUUGGUCAGAAUGGAAUGGGAAGUAUCGUGACACAGUGCGGCAGUUUAUCAAGGGCACAGAUGGCUUUUCUGGCGCUUUGGCUGAAUGUCUUUGUGGAAGCCCUAAUUUAUACCAGGAAGGGGGAAGGAGGCCAUGGAAUAGUAUCAAUUUUGUCUGCGCACACGAUGGUUUUACUUUAGCUGAUUUAGUUACGUAUAACAACAAACAUAACCUGGCAAAUGGAGAAGACAACAAUGAUGGAGAGAGUCAUAAUAAUAGCUGGAACUGUGGACAGGAGGGAGAGUUCGCGAGCAUUUCAGUGAAGAACUUGAGGAGACGACAAAUGCGGAAUUUUUUUGUGUGCCUCAUGGUUUCCCAAGGCGUUCCAAUGAUAUAUAUGGGUGAUGAAUAUGGUCAUACAAAAGGAGGAAACAACAACACAUAUUGCCAUGAUAAUUAUAUUAAUUACUUUCGGUGGGAUAAGAAGGAAGAGUCCUCAUUGGACUUUUUCAGAUUUUGCUGCCUUAUGACCAAAUUCCGCCAGGAAAGCGAGUCACUGGGCUUAAAUGACUUCCCAACAGCAGAGAGGCUGCAGUGGCAUGGUCAUGCUCCUGGGGUACCAGACUGGUCUGAAAGAAGCCGCUUUGUUGCCUUUACUCUGAUGGACUCAGUGAAGAGAGAGCUGUAUAUUGCUUUCAAUGCCAGCCAUUUACCCGCAACUAUUACACUGCCAGAGAGGCCUGGAUACAGAUGGGAUCCCUUGGUAGACACCAGCAAGCCUGCUCCAUUUGACUUUCUUUCUAGUGACCUCCCAGGAAGAGAUAUUGCAGUUAAACAGUACGCUCACUUUCUUGAUGCCAAUUUAUAUCCUAUGCUAAGUUAUUCUUCAAUCAUCCUAUUUCUCUCUCCCGUCGAUCCUUAG